CGCCGUGGUUCAGUCCUAUUGGUCGCGCUGGAACAGCAUCUGACAGCUGACAAGUUUACCUUUUGAAAAAUUCUGAUUCUGAUUUGCCCGGUGUAGUGUUGUUUGCCGGCUAUUGUUAGCGAUCUAAUCAAUUCAGGGAUACGGGAAAUGUGUUGAGGGAGCAGACGGCACCAGGACACACAACAAAGGGAUAAAAUGGUGCUCUUGGCAAGGUGGUUGUUUGCCGCGUCAACACUUCUCUGUUUCAAAUAUGCUUUCUCAUCGACCAAAUCUCAUCCGAUAACAACCCUUAUAAAUGCGAAAUGGGCCCAGACUCCACUAUACAUGGAAAUUGCCGAAUAUCUGUCGGACCAAAAUGCAAAUGUCUACUGGGAUUUUGUGGAGGGACUUGGAGGUCUUGAAACUCCCAUAAAUGAAAUUGAAACUGAGUCGAAAAAAUACAAUGUGGCGUUGAGGAUAGUACAGGGGUUGCUUACUCCCCCGCAUGUUGCCUUGAUGAAGUUGUCAGUUGCCAUGCACACCCUUACGCCGCGAAUUCAAGCUCAUUUGCAAAUCUCGAAGGAAAUUCUCGGAGAGAAGGACUGCGACGAAGGGAACUUUGUCCAAAUCGGCGAAAAUGUGUACUGCUCGUUGUCCGAAUUGAAACAGGCGCUUCCCGUUUCAAAGCCAAGUACCGUUGAGGUUUUCAGCUUCGAUCAUGUCUACCCGGGAACGGAAAACAGCACGAACUGCGUCGUUCUCUAUAGUGACAUCGGCUCAAAACAAUUUCAAACAUAUCAUAAUUAUCUUAAGGAAAAUGCUGCCAAGUUUGAUAUCAAAUAUGUCUCCAGGCAUUACAUCAAGGCAUACUCGAAACAAAAAGUUGGCCUCUCAGGAUACGGUGUAGAAUUGCAUUUGAAAUCAACCGAAUACAAAAGUCAAGACGACUCUCCCCAGCAAAGUGACGACGCCGCGAAAACCGGAAACGACGAUGAUGAGCCCGAAGUUGAAGGUUUCGACUUUAAAGUUUUGAAAUCCCGGUUACCAAAUCUGGCACAUUCGUUGGAUCGGUUCAGGAGUGCUUUGCUAGAGAAAAGUGAGGAGAUUGCUCCGCUGAAGGCAUGGGAAUUCCAGGAUCUUGGGCUGCAGGCUGCCCAGCGCGUUGCAGAGAUACAAGGCGAUGAAGCGUUGCAAGUUUUACAGUUCAUAGCGCAGAAUUUCCCUUCGCAGGCUAAAUCCCUACUCGCUCAAAAAGUCAGCGACGACUUCAAGAAAGAAAUGAAACACAACAUCGAAAGCUUGGGACGAAAUUUGAAUCUACAACCACCAGACGCCGCACUUUUUGUCAACGGCAUGUUUUUCGAUGCAGACACGCUAGAUUUAGUAUCUCUGAUGGACACACUACGGACUGAGCUUGAUGUUUUAAGCGGACUUCAUGACAUCGGGUUAAAGGGUUCAAUAACUGCCAAUCUACUUGCUCUUGACUUGUCCAUGUCUUCGCAAAAAGAGUUUGCAAUCGACAUCCGUGAUUCUGCAAUUAAUUGGAUAAACGAUCUUGAAAGUGAUUCACAGUAUCGUCGCUGGCCGACAAGUGUUAUGGAUUUGUUGCGGCCAACAUUCCCAGGAAUGCUGCGAAAUGUCCGAAAAAAUCUUUUCAAUUUGGUGUUAGUAGUAGAUCCGAUCGGUACAGAAGCUCGGCCGCUACUAAAAUUGGCAGAAAGCUUCAUCGUUCAUAUGGCGCCUAUUCGUCUAGGAUUGGUAUUUGACACACGAGCGGAGAAUGAUGACAUGAAGGACGCUUAUAGAGGCAUUGUAUGCGCAUUCAAUUACAUGAUGCAGCAUCAAAGUCCCCGCUCGGCAAUUGGAUUCUUAACUGAUAUUUAUUCAUCAGUAAAACCAACAAAAGACGUUACAGUUCUUGACAUUAAAUCGGAAAUGAAGAAAUCGAUGAAAUCUCUUAGUGCCAAGGAAAUAGAAUCCAUCAUUGGAGAAGACUCGGAAUAUGAUUAUGGCUUCCAAUUGGCGAGAGAGUUCAUAGAUCGCCUUGGUUAUGAACAUAGUCCCCAAGCAUUGAUGAAUGGUGUACCCCUGCAAGAAAGCUUACUAAAGGCAGACGAUUUCGAAGAAGCAGUAUUGACGGAAAUUAUGCAGCAAACACCGAUCAUUCAGAAAAACGUCUACAAAGGAGAGUUAGCCGAUUCUGAUAACGUGAUGGACUUUUUGAUGUCCCAACCUCAUGUCAUGCCAAGAUUGAAUCAACGAAUCCUAUCAACAGAAGAGCCAAUAAUAGUCGAUCUAUCAGGAAAACCGCGAAGCGAUAUUAAAAAUGUGAAUGCGCUCUUCCAGCUUUCUAUUCGUGACAUGACUGCAACGGUUCUCGAUAAUAUAAAGUAUUUUGUCUCAAAGAGUGCAUUAGAUAAACCCACGGACCAGGAACUACAUUACAUGACGCUAUGGGUAUUCGGUGAUCUUGAAACGGAAAAUGGUCGAACAUUACUACGAAAUGCUUUGGAUUAUAUGAAAUCCAAUAACGAUAUUCGUGUUGCAUUCAUCCCCAAUACAGAAGGUCUAGAAGUUGCAGAGAAGAACAAUUUGAAUCGUUUAGUGUGGGCAGCAUCACAGGCACUGAAUCCACAAGAGGCAACUUUUCUUGUGCUAAAAUGGCUGAGAAAUCCCAACAAGGACUCGUUUAAUAUCCCGGAUGCAGUGACAGAACUCUUGCCAUCAACGGAAUUGCAUAUCAAAAUGCUAAGAGUAUAUUCACAGCGCGUCAUGAAAUUAAAGAAAUCCGAGAACAUGGUUGUUGCAAAUGGCAGAUGUUACGGACCUCUCACUGAUGCAGAAAUCUUCAAAACUGAAGACUUUGGUUUGCUAGACCGCUUCCAUAGCCAUCACUAUAUUGAUAAGAUCAAGAAAACCCUGCGAUCUGAAUUGGGCGAUGAAGAUUCAACCAUCACAAGCGAUACAAUCUUGAAAUUGAUAACAACUUUGGUACCCCGACAACAGUCAAGAAGCCGCUUCACAAUUCCAACUGAUCUUCAAGACUUCCAUUCAGCUGUAAAACUACCACCGAAGAAUGAAGACAUGCCACACUUCUAUAUAGUUGCAGUGUUAGAUCCAGCUUCGAAGAGUGCCCAGAAAUUAGCUUCAAUUCUGAUAUUGUUACGUCAAGUCAUCAACUGUGAUAUGAAAGUGUUCUUAUGUGCAGUGGAGCAACAUAGUGAUAUGCCAGUUAAAAACUUUUAUCGAUUCGUCAUUGAGCCAGAAAUCCGAUUUACUCCAGAUGGAAAAGUUGCAGACGGACCUUACGCCAAAUUUACUGGAUUGCCCGCCAGUCCACUAUUAACUCAGAAUUUACAAGUGCCUGAAAAUUGGUUAGUGGAAGUCGUGCGUUCAGUAUACGAUUUGGAUAAUAUAAAACUUAUAGAUAUCGGUGGACCUGUUCACAGUGAAUAUGAAUUGGAAUAUCUACUCCUUGAAGGCCAUUGUUUCGACGCAACUACUGGCGCCCCUCCUAGAGGCCUACAGAUAACAUUGGGAACCCAUCACCAGCCGGUGGUUGUAGACACAAUAGUCAUGGCCAAUUUGGGAUACUUCCAAUUGAAAGCGAAUCCAGGAGCCUGGGAUUUAAGAUUGCGACAAGGCAAAAGUGCAGAUAUUUACGACAUUACACACGCUGACGGUGUUAACACAAUUCACAAAGAAAAUUCAACUAGAGUUGUCAUAAGUUCACUACGUUCUCAUGUUAUAAAACUGCGCGUAACUAAGAAACCGAAUAUGAUGAGUGCCGACCUCCUGGGAGACGACAAUGAAUCACAGUCCGGCAUUUGGGAUUCAAUCACAAGCUCCUUCAGCGGUAGUAGUUCCGAGUCAGCGGAAGUAAUUAAUAUUUUCUCGCUUGCUUCUGGACACUUGUACGAGAGAUUGAUGAGGAUUAUGAUGCUUUCGCUGAUCAAACAUACCAAGAGUCCCGUGAAAUUCUGGUUCUUGAAAAACUAUCUUUCACCACAAUUUAUUGAUUUCCUGCCACAUAUGUCGAAAGAAUACGGUUUUGACUUCGAACUUGUUCAAUAUAAAUGGCCACGCUGGCUACAUCAGCAAACGGAGAAGCAGCGAACAAUUUGGGGCUACAAGAUCCUUUUCUUGGACGUUCUUUUCCCCUUAGAUGUGAAGAAAAUCAUCUUCGUUGAUGCUGAUGCGAUCGUUCGAGCCGACAUGAAAGACCUCAACGAAUUAGAAUUAAACGGCGCGCCAUACGCUUACACACCUUUCUGUGAUUCCCGUAAAGAGAUGGAAGGUUUCCGCUUCUGGAAGCAAGGUUACUGGCGAAAUCAUCUGAUGGGCAGACGUUACCACAUUUCAGCUUUAUACGUAGUAGAUUUAAAACGUUUUAGAAAAAUAGCAGCCGGAGAUCGUUUGCGAGGACAAUACCAAGCUUUGAGCCAAGAUCCCAACAGUUUAUCGAACUUAGAUCAGGACUUGCCGAACAAUAUGAUCCAUCAAGUUUCCAUAAAGUCACUGCCGGACGAAUGGUUGUGGUGUGAGACUUGGUGCAGUACCGAAUCAUUGAAGAAGGCGAAAGUAAUUGAUUUGUGCAACAACCCAAUGACAAAGGAAGCGAAAUUGACUGCAGCUCAGCGUAUUGUGCCAGAAUGGAAGGAAUAUGAUUUAGAAAUAAAGAAAUUAAUGGCAAAAGUGGAAGAUCAUGAAAUGGAAAAUGAUAGUAGUAGUCGUGAACAAAGUAGUAGCGAAGAGGAAGCGAGACAUUCGGAGUUAUAAAUAUUUAAAUUAGGCCAUUAAGAUGCAACUAGUUCUGUAUUUGUAUAGUUAUAGUUAAAUUUGAACGAAAUGCGCCGGUAAUCUAAAUAAUUAUAAAUAAAUGUCGUCCGUGUUUUUGUACACCGAAUAAGAUGAGA